AUGGGUUCACAAAACACCGUGACACCUUUGGACCAACCGUCGAGCGGGAAAACGCAUCAAGGACUGAUAGAUACCACAGCCGAAGUCACACCGCUCACAAAUCCACUGGCGUUCCAUACGAUAGAUUGGGUUCCUGGUCCUAGUGGUACUCCUGUCUUCAUGGGAACAUCGUCCAAUUGGGCUUUCAAUCGACGGGUCCUAUCUAUGACCCACGAAGCAACAACCGGCACUGCAUUGUCACCGGAGAACCUAUUCUUUGACGGGAAGGUCUAUGGCUUGAGGUGGGAUGGAGGCCGAGGCGCAUCCUCAGCGGAAGAUUUCAGCCCUGCCCAUUUACCCACGCAGGAUUUUGCAAUCUAUUUGAUUAAUUCUGUAAAGUCUCACUGUUGUCGCCUAUUCUAUUUGUUUGAAGAGCACAGUUUCAUGGAAAACUUUGCGACAUUCCAUGCAAAUGCCGCGGAUCAGUCAAAAGUCCCCCGAUUGUGGUAUGUUCACUACCUCAUUCUCUUAGCAUUCGGCAAGGCGUUCGUUGUGCAAACAUCGAAUUCACAACAACCCCCUGGAGCAGACCUGUUUGUGCAGGCCAUGAAGCUUAUGCCAGACUUCACCUUCUUCGAGUGCGACUAUGUAGAAACGAUGCAGGUACUGUGUUGCAUGUCACUGUAUCUUCACUGUAUAAGUAGUCGUCCCGCGGCGUAUCGAUAUAUUGGACAAGCACUUAGCACAGCUUUUGAACACGGGCUGCAUACUGAGAUGCAGAGCCACCACUUGGACGAAACGUAUGUUCAGAGGUGCAGGCUAGCAUGGUGGACAAUAUAUGUCUUGGAGCGUCAGAUGUCGGCGCUCAUGGGAGUGCCUAUGUUCAUCUCGGACGAAUGCGUCUGCACACCGUUCCCCAUAUUCUGCGAGCAAGCACAAAGAACUGGCGCAUUACACAUCCAGAUCAAGCUGGCACAGGUACUGGGGCAGAUACACCAGACUGUUUAUGGCAUCGAAGGACAGCUCGACAGUCGCUAUCUAGGUGCCACAAAAUCUGUCCUUCAAAGCAUAGCGGGCCUCGCCGCCGAUCUCCAUGGAUUAUUUGACAUAGACUCCGGUGAAAACACAUCAGGGGUUUCUCGUGUCUCGGCACAUCUACACCUUCAGUACCAUCAGUGUAUCGUUCUAAUCACUAGGCCGCUGUUGUUUAUAUUCCUUCAGUCCAAGCUUGGGCAGUCUGAGUCAGUGCUGAUGCAGUGGUUGCACUCCGACAGUGUCAGAAGCUUACUUCAAGUUUGUACGGAUUGUUCGCGACAAAUAAUCAAGAUUUUGUCAAGGCUGUUGAGUCAGGGGUUCCUAGCUGCAGUCGCCAUCUCUAUGGCUGCAGCUAUUGACCCGACUUUGUUUUCCGAGCACGCAGCGUGGUCUCAACGGGUGUUCCUGAUUCUGGAAGAAAUGAACUCUCAUGGCAGUAAGAUCGCAGGAAUGAUUGCAUCAGAACUAAGACAGCUUGAUGGGUAUCUUCAUCCUACUCAUACCGUCGCAUCAUAUCCAACAAAUCAGGCCCUGGGCUUAGAAUUUGGACAGGGCCUGGCGAUGGAUGCCGAGCUUAGCACAGACCUUCUGAUCGAUAUCGCUAACUCGCUGGAUCCCGAGAGUUUGGGCUGGGAUUUUCCCGUAACUGAUGGAUAG